AUCGUAUAAAAGCUCUCUACCUGCCUUCCUUCCCAAUUAUUUUUCUCCUCUUCUUCCAGCGGCCGACACCCCUGGGCCUUUCCGCUAUUAGCAACCCGGUCCUUGCCGGUUUUACGCUUUGGUCCCCAUGCGGCGUGCGUAGUGAAAAGUAAUCGCAAACAAGUCCCUCGAAUCCCCAAUCCCCUUCUUCCCUUGCUCGCUGCUUCUUCUUCCUCGGGGGCGAUGCCGACGCCGGUGGCCGCGGCGAGGCAGUGCCUGGCGCCGGCGGCGGUGGCGGCGCUGGAUUCCGCGGUGGUCUCGGCGCGGCGGCGCGCGCACGCGCAGACGACGUCGCUGCACCUCAUCUCGUCCCUGCUGUCCCCGGCGGCGCCCUCGUCGCCGCCGCUGCUCCGCGACGCGCUCGCCAGGGCCCGCAGCGCCGCCUACGCGCCCCGCGUGCAGCUCAAGGCGCUAGAGCUCUGCUUCGCCGUCUCCCUCGACCGCCUCCCCUCCGCCUCCGCCGCUUCUUCUUCGUCGUCGGCGGAGUCGGACGAGCCGCCGGUGUCCAACUCGCUCAUGGCGGCCGUCAAGCGGUCGCAGGCCAACCAGCGGCGGAACCCCGACACCUUCCACUUCUACGUGCACCACCACCACGCGGCUUCUUCGGCUUCGGCGGCGGCUUCGGCUUCUCAGGUGAAGGUGGAGCUGUCGCAGCUGGUGCUGGCGAUCCUCGACGACCCGGUGGUCAGCCGCGUCUUCGGCGACGCCGGGUUCCGCAGCGCCGACAUCAAGCUCGCCAUCCUCCGCCCGGCGCCGCCGAUCCCCAUGCUCGCGGGCCGCCCGCCGCCGCUCUUCCUCUGCAGCUUCGCGGCCGCCGACGACGCCGACGUCCCAUGCUCCUCCCCCGCCGCUGCCACCGGCGAGGAGGAGAACUGCCGCCGCAUCGCCGAGGUCCUCGCCCGCGGCCGCAACCCCAUGCUCGUCGGCGUCGGCGCCGCCUCCGCCGCCGCCGACUUCGCCGCCGCCUCGCCGUACCGCAUCCUCCCCGUCGGCCUCGACCUCGCCUCCAUGGCCGCAGCCGCCACCUCCUCCUCCUCCUCCGGCGUCAUCAUAAGCGUCGGGGACCUCAAGGAGCUCGUCGUCCCCGACGACGGCGAGCUCCAGGAGGCGGGCCGCCGCACGGUGGCCGAGGUCACGCGCGUGCUGGAGACGCACAGGGCCGGCCGCCGCGUCUGGGUCAUGGGCUGGUCGGCGACCUACGAGACCUACCUCACCUUCCUCUCCAAGUUCCCCUUGCUCGACAAGGACUGGGAGCUCCAGCUGCUGCCAAUCACCGCCGUGCGGUCCGCCGCCGCAGCCGGACUCAUGCCUCUGGCAACUACCGCCGUGGCCUUCUCCAAGCCUCCAAGCUUUAUGGAAUCGUUCGUUCCUUUUGGAGGAGUUACCAAUGAUGGCUACGAUGCUAACAGCCUCGCAGCGAAUUCUUGUCCUCAGGCGCUCCGGUGUCAACAUUGCAAUGAUAGAUACGAUCAAGAAGUUGCAACUAUCAUUAGAGGAAGUGGUAUUACAGCUGAAGACCAUCACCAGGGAGGCCUUCCUUCCCUGCUGCAGAAUGGCAGCAUGAUAGGUCCUAACAAUGGAUUCGAUGCACUCAAGGUUAGAGAUGAUCAGAUGGUGUUGAAAUCGAAAAUACGGAAUCUGCAGACCAAGUGGAAUGAGUACUGCCUGCGGCUCCACCAAGGCUGCCAAAGGAUUAACAGAGGUUCAUACCAGUUAUUUUCAAAUUAUAUUCCUGUUCCAGCUGACAGGGAAAGACCAGCAAAUCCGAGCAAAGGUCCUGAGUCAGUUGCACUCCAAAGGGAGGUUAUUAGACCUUUGGUAGUGCCUGCUUCACAGAUGAAUGCAACCACAAAGAGUAUUUCACCUCCAUCUAUCUCCAAGCAAAGUCACGAAGACUCUGUACUGAAACUUCAAGCAAGUCAUUCAAAGGGCGAUGAACACCUUCAAGAUAGGGGUGUACAAUCCCGACAUGAAAACCUGUCAAAUUUUCAUGAUUGUGAAGAUCAUGUGUCACCUUCAUCCGUGGCAACUGACUUGGUUUUGGGCACACCUCGUGGAUCUUCUUCCAAGGGUACAAAUUCUGCCUGCUGGAAACAAUCAGUGGAUGCAGAGUUAUCUAUACCCAAGAAGGUGAAUGAUUUGAAUCUGAAGCCCCCACAGGUCUUUGCACAACCCUAUGCUUGUUCCAGAAGUUCCACAAAUAUGGGGCAACCAUCACCUAGUGCCCUGCAUUCGGCAGCUUCCGGAGGUAUGUCUGCCUUUGGCCAUUGGCAGAAACCUUCACACCUUGCAGCACAAGGUUCUGAUUUGAGCAAUUCCAAGCAACUUGUGGAAAGCCUGUUCAAGGUAGUUGGAAGACAGGAAGAAGCCUUGAAAGCUAUUUGUGAAUCCAUUGCGUGGUGCAAGUCAAUGGAGAGACGCCGUGGUGCAAACAGGAAGAAUGACAUCUGGUUUAGUUUUCAUGGCUCCGACAGCAUGGCCAAGCGCAAAGUUGGUGUGGCGCUUGCGGAGCUCCUGCAUGGCAGCAAGGAGAACAUGAUUUAUCUGGACCUGAGUCCCCAGGAUUGGGGUGACUCAAGUUACAGAGGGAAGACUGGCACAGACUGUAUUGUUGACGAGCUUAGCAAGAAGAGGCGAUCUGUCAUCUUUCUCGACAACGUCGACAAAGCUGACUGCCUUGUCCAGGACACUCUUAUUCAUGCCAGUGAGACUGGCAGGUUCCGGGACCUGCGUGGCAAGGAGGUUGAUAUUAAUGACUCGGUUGUGGUGUUGUCAACAAGAACAGCCCGAGGCUCCAAAAGUGUACCUUUUGGAGUGGAAGAUGGUCAUACUUUUUCUGAAGAAAAGAUCCUGGCAGCUAGAGGACAUCAACUGAAGCUCCUGGUAGAAUCGGAUAUGGUGAUCAGCAGAGGCCCUAGUGGGAAGGUGUCUGUUUCCCCAAGGCAUCCUCUCACCAAAAUUCAAGCAUCUUUGUACUCUGGGAGUAGUAUCAGUAAGCGAAAGCUCAACAUCUCCGACGACCAAGAAUUGAAACAGCAAGAAUCGCCGAGCAUUUCCAAGCGACUGCACAGAACAUCAAGUGUGCCAUUCGACCUGAACCUCCCCAUGGAUGAUGAUGGAUCCAACGACGCCGACAACCACAGCAGCAGCAACGACAACUCAUCCGGCACCCCAGAGAGAUCAUCCAUCGACAGCCUCUUGUGUUCGGUCGAUGAAUCGGUCGACUUCAAGCCGUUCGACUUCAACAAGGUCGCCGACGAUACGCUGCAAGAGCUGAGCGAUACACUCCGCGGCGUUCUAGGCCCUGGCUGCACGCUACAGGUCGAUGUCGGCGCAAUGGAUCAGAUGCUCGCAGUGGCAUGGACAUCAUUAGAGGGCAAGAGGCCCCUUCAGGCCUGGCUGGAGCAGGUGUUCUCCAGGAGCCUCGAGGAGCUGAAGCUCAAGUGUGGCAAGCAUGCCUGCAGCUCGACUCUUAGACUAGUGGCCUGCGAGGACAUAGCAGGAGUCAAGGAACACGACGGUUUCGGAGGUUUGCUCCCCUCGAGAAUAAUCCUAGAGUGGUGAUGACAACGACGACGAUAUCUGUAUAGCGACGACCGCUGUAAUUAUUUCUAGCUACUAGUUCCACUUCCACAGUAGUAUAGCAUUAUUUUGUCCGGGAAUAAUAAUUCUCUGUAGCCUAGUUGUUGAUGAUGCAUUAUUGCCUUCAUAUAUAUCGGCAAGUAUAUAUUGAUUGUAACUACUAUUGUGGAUUUGCCAAUAUAUGAUUGUCACAUACAUAUAUAUGUUGACAGUUGUAACAGCUGAAGUUCGCGACCAGAAGGCGGCUUCAGGUUCGCACAGCACAACUUGCUCUGCUUGUACAGAAAUUUGUAAUGUUCCAGCAAUCUAGUUGGUCUAGUACA